AUGAAAGUUGGGGAGGAAAUGGAGGUGGACAAGGAAGAGAUGGUAAGCAUGACCGCAGGCUCUGGGCAAAGGAAUUCUCAAUUCUGGCUGCAAUGCCAUGUAAAACUGCGGAAGAGAGGCAGAUCCGUGAUCGAAAAGCUUUCCUUCUUCCACAGUCUAUUCAUCGACGUUUCAGUCUUUAAAUCAGUUGAGGCAAUAAAAUGUCUCAUGGAAAAUGAUCAAAGGUCGACAGAUAAUUCCAACUCUUCGAUUUUAUACGAGGAAAGAAUUGGUGAUCUACUUAUUAGCGUGGCAAAAGAUGUGCCAGAUGCAAGCACAAAGUUGGAUAGCAAAAAUGGUGGGAGUCUGGUUCUUGGAAUGUCGCAUGAGGAUCUUACCAAGAGAAACUUGCUUAAAGGCAUAACUGCAGAUGAGAGUGCGACUGUUCAUGUGUUGUGGUGA